CAGAACUUAGUGGGACUAAUUAGCACAAAAUAUUCCCAUAAACCCCUGUCCCUUUUCACACUCUCCUUUUCUGCUUCUUUCUUCUGUUCUUCCCCCCACACACACACACACUCUUUUUCUCAUCUUGCUUCUUUUUAUCUGUGUGCAAAACCAAAACCCCAUUUCUAUAAAACCCUUUUUAUCUACUUCAUUCUUUAGAUUUGCAAAAUAUAUAUGAAAAUGAGAGGACCUUUAGGGGCAGUAAUAGGGAGGUACCCUUCAAGUGAUGGUACAACCCAAACAGGGGAUGGUAUAAUCAAACACAACAGGAAAUGUAGAGAUGUUGUGUUUCUUGUUAUCUUCAUUGCUUUCUGGGUUGCUAUGAUUGUCAAUUCCAGCUUUGGAUUUAACCAAGGAAACCCAUUGAGGCUAACAUAUGGGCUGGACUAUAAAGGCAAUGUUUGUGGUGAUAGACAUGCCAAUCCAGAUCUUCGUGAAUUGGAACUCAGAUACUGGUUGAACCCUAAUCAAGUUUAUGAAAGUGGUUCAAAAGAUAACCAGGCCAAGAUUUCUAAUGCCAGGACCAUUUGCUUAAUGGACUGCCCUAUCCCAUCAGAAGAUUCUCUAAAUUGGGUGUGUGACUAUCCGGAGGGCGAUGUUCGUCUGUCAGUAGAUGACUGGAUCGAUAGGAAUUAUGAUUAUUUUGCAGACCUUACUCCGGACCUAAGAAACACUUCUCUUCAGCUUCAAGGUCCUUGUUACCCUGUCAUAUUUCCUAGUGUUAAUGUUUAUUGGAGCUGCCAGCUUAUUGCCCGUGCAUCAAAUGUGUCUUUGCGGCAUUGGAGGGAGAUGGGCGGUGUUAACAUUGUUGAGGACAUUGCAGUUGAUAAAUCCAUCCAUGGCUUAGUUAACUCUCGAUCGUUGGUCUUAAAGAGAUAUGUAGCUGAUGUUGGCAAGUCAUGGGGAGUGUUGAUUGUUUGUGGAGGGAUUUUGCCAGUGUUUCUAUCAGUGAUAUGGCUUUUGAUGAUUCGUCACUUAGUGGCUGCAAUGCCUUGGAUAACUGUCGUCCUCUUUAAUGCCCUUAUUAUUUCAGUCACAAUGUUCUACUACUUGAAAGCUGGAUGGAUUGGCAAUGACUCUAUCUCCCCCAUCAUUGGUGAACAUGAUCCGUAUUAUCAUGUGUCUGCAAGGGAAAUAAGUCACCUCCAUGCUGCUGCGGUUCUCAUGACUGCUGUGAUGAUUAUUUCGGUCUUGUCAUCCAUCGCCAUAGUGCGACGUAUCCUUAUGGCUACUUCUGUCCUGAAGGUAGCUGCUAAGGUUAUUGGAGAAGUACAAGCACUAAUAAUUUUUCCCAUCAUUCCAUAUGCUAUCCUAGCAAUCUUCUACAUGUUUUGGUUUUCAGCUGCACUUCAUCUUUUUAGUUCUGGACGAAUUGUCCAGAAUGAUUGCAACACGAACUGCUGUGCGUAUGAUCUUAAAUCAAAAAGAGUGAGCUGCGAUCGUUGCUGUGGAUACAGUAUCCAGUAUACUUCUCAUAUUGGUGUUGCAAUUCUUUUCCACUUGUUUGGCUGCUAUUGGGCCACACAGUUUUUCGUGGCAAGCUCUGCAACGGUUAUUGCAGGCUCUGUUGCUACAUACUAUUGGUCUCGAGGCGGAACAUCGCCAGAAAUUUCAUUUCUCCCAGUGUUCUCCUCUAUGAAGCGGCUUAUACGUUACAGCGUUGGAUCUGUUGCUCUUGGUUCGCUGAUUGUUUCUUUUAUAGAGUCUAUCAGGUUUCUACUUGAAGCACUCCGGCGUAAAUUUAAAGUUGCUAAUUCAGCACCAGAAGGUUGGGUUGGAAGAAUGGUAUAUAAUUCCUCACAAGGUUGCCUGCGGUGUAUUAGUUGGAUCAUCAAAUCUGUGAAUCGUAAUGCUUACAUCUUGAUAGCUAUAACAGGAAAGAGCUUUUUCAAGUCUUCUGAGAUUGCAACUGAUCUCAUUAUCAGCAACAUCCUUCGGAUCGGAAAGGUGAAUGUCAUUGGCGAUGUUAUUCUCUUUCUCGGGAAGCUGUGUGUCAGUCUUGCAAGUGCACUUUUUGCUUUUCUCAUGUUGGAUACUCACAAGUACAAGUCUGGACAUAACAAGAUCUCAUCUCCAAUAUUCCCGGUGCUGGUCUGCUGGAGUCUUGGCUACGUUGUGGCAACUCUUUUCUUUGCCGUUGUGGAGAUGUCAAUUGAUACCAUAAUACUUUCAUUUUGCCAAGACUCAGAGGAGCACCAAGGAACCGCCCAGUACGCCCCUCCUCUUCUUAUUGAGACUUUGAAUGACCAAAAUGAGAUGCAAAGACUUACACAAUGAUCAACGAAAUCUCCAGAUGAUAUCUCAUGCAUUAGCUUGAAUGUUAUCAUUUCAGGUGUAAUCGCUUGUCAUCUAAAUUAAUUGAGUGUUUUUGUUAGCUCCUUCUCUAACUUGCUCUUUAGCCUUUUUGAUAGAUUUUGUAUCUUAUAGUUGUAAAUAAUUUUAAGUCCAAAUUAGAUCAAGCAAACUCUGCAAUUUCUUCAAUAGGGGCAUAUGCCCAACGAUAAGAGUUGGCUUUGGCAGUAACAUACAAUGAAAAUUAAGAUAUUGAUGAAUAUUUUUCAAAGCUUGUUGGAAUGAAAAGUUUGGUGAAAAA